AUGGACCGUUCUCCACUGCCUAUGGCUACAGAUAUGAGUUUUCCAACAGAUGGACGACGGCCCCAGCAUCGCCUCAGAUUGGAGCAGCCACCAUGGUCAACCUCUCAAGAAAGCCACUCAGGAAUACAAGACUGUGACUGUGAAUUUUGGCAUGUGAACUUCAGGGGGUUCACUCCCUCAGAGGGGUCAGACCCCAUCCAGAAUCUGAGGACACUGUCAUAUUUGGGCCAUAUGUGGCUGAGGCCCGACAAGCACACGAAAGAAGAGAUCAUGGACCUGCUGGUGUUGGAGCAGUUCAUGGUCUCCAUGCCCGAGGACCUCCAGGCCUUGGUGAAGGAGAGUGGGGUGAGGAGUUGCCAGGCCCUGGAGGACAUGCUGCGAAGGAACAGGAGGCCCCAGAAAUGGUCUGUAAUUGUCUCACAAGGGCAGACAUUUCUUGUGCGCGAUUCAGCUAGUCAGAUGACCAGCGCCAAGGCCAGGGAGAUGGAUGAUGUGAUAGACUUGACCAACUCUGACAGCAAGAAACACCUCAAGAGAGGCCCGAUCAGCCCACAGCUCCAGAACCUGCCAGGGAAUGGGGAGACAUCCAGCUACCAGGAAGAGGAUGUCCUCCAUGUGACUAUUCCCGAAAAAGGAGACCUGGAUUGUCUGAGACCCAAACAGAGCUCAGAGAAGAAUCAGAUGGAAGAUGGGGAGGAGGAAAGAGCAUUUCCAUUUCCCGAGCCUCAGCGUCCUGAGCAUCCUGGUUCUGUGGGAGAAGAGGAGGGGGAGAUGUGCACUGGCAUAACUUCCUCCCACGUCCUGGAGAAAGAAGAUUCACCUGGGACCUGCAGAUAUCCUCAGAGAUCCAAAAGAAGAUCAGACAGCACCAACAUGUCCCAGGAAGGGUCUCAAGGAGGGGCCAGGUAUGUGGAGGUUGGAGAAUUCUCACAAGUCAAGGUAGAGUCAGGAGACCCACCACGUACUGUGCAGCCAGUCGAGCGUCCUGGUGGCCAGGGAGCUGCAGGAGUGGCGUCAUUUGGAUGUGGCGUGUGCAACAAGCACUUUCAAUACAAGUCUCAGUUCCUGGUGCACCAGAGGACACACACAGGAGAAAGACCCUUCAGAUGCACCUCCUGUCAGAAGGGCUUCAUGCAGCCCUCGGAUCUCCGUGUCCACCAGCGCAUCCACACUGGUGAGAAACCAUACAAGUGCAGAGUCUGCCACAAAGUGUUCACCCACGAGUCCACCCUACUCGCCCACCGGAGGGUCCACACGCAGGAGAAGCCAUAUGAAUGUGAAGACUGCAAGAAACGCUUCAGCCACAAGGGGAACCUGAAUGUCCACCGUCGCAUCCACACCAACUCGAGACCCUACGAGUGCCCCGAGUGUGGCCAUGCCUUCCGUCAGCUGGGGACUUUCAAAAGGCACCUGAAGGUGCACUCAGGGAAGACGUCUGGGUGA